ACUCCAAAGAAGAGCCUUGGUAUAGCUCUGAAGUUUCAUAACUAUACCAUCAGUGAGAAGAAUAUCAAAGGCUGUGAGCGAGGAUGGUGGAAAAUUAAUGAACACAUGUACUGCGGCCACUAUGUCGAUCACCAAACAGUCUUCCACAUUGCAAGUUCUGCUGUCAACAUUGAGCUUCAGUGCAGCUCGACGGUCUCAGAGAAGCCACUUCUGGUGGAGUACGGCAGCUACAACAUCAGCCAGCCAUGUCCACCUGGACAUUUCAAGUGUUCUACUGGCUUAUGCAUCCAACUGACACAGCGUUGUGAUGGAAUAAACAACUGCUUCGAUGAAAGUGAUGAACUCUUUUGUGUUGUUCCCGAGUGGAAGUGUAACUCCAGCUUCACCAUACAAGAUAACCUGCUCGCCUGCAAUGGAGUAAGUGAUUGUGAGAAUGGAGAAGAUGAGCAGAAUUGUACUCACAGUAUUCCCUGCACCAACCACACAUUUAAGUGCAGGAAUAACAUUUGCAUUAGAAAACAAAAUGCAAAGUGUGAUGGGACUGUGGACUGUGUUGAUGGAAGUGAUGAAAGCAGCUGCAGUUGUGGCAGCAGCAAGAGCAGCAAUCCCAUCUCUCGGAUUGUAGGCGGUACAAACUCUGAGGAAGGUGAAUGGCCCUGGCAGGUCAGCCUCCACUUUGUGGGAGCUGCUUACUGUGGGGCAUCAGUGAUAUCGAAAGAAUGGCUUGUGUCUGCAGCUCACUGCUUUCAAGGGAGCAAGCUGUCUGACCCCAGAGCUUGGCGUGCUCACCUGGGGAUGAAAAUGCAAGGCCAUGCAAAGUUUGUAUCUGCGGUGAGACGUAUUGUGGUACAUGAAUACUACAACAGUAGGAACUACGACUAUGACAUUGCGUUACUGCAGCUGAGCGAGCCGUGGCCAGACACAGUAAGCCAUGUCAUCCAGCCCAUCUGCGUGCCUCCCUUUUCACAUAAAGUCCGCAGCAGUGACAAGUGCUGGAUAACGGGUUGGGGCCAAAAACAGGAAUCAGAUGAUGAAGGUUCAGCAAUUCUUCAGAAAGCAGAGAUAGAAAUUAUCGACCAAACAUUAUGUCAUUCCACGUAUGGGAUUAUCACAGCUAGGAUGUUUUGUGCUGGACUAAUGUCUGGGAAAAAAGAUGGCUGCAAAGGUGAUUCCGGUGGACCAUUGUCAUGUCAAAGCAAUGGAGAUGGAAAAUGGUUUUUGACUGGCAUUGUUAGCUGGGGUUAUGGAUGUGGAAGACCGAAUUUCCCAGGUGUCUACACAAGAGUGUCAAAUUUUGCACCAUGGAUUCAUAAAUACGUGCCUUCAGUCUUGUAACUUGAAAACGCAUUUUAUGGAAUGCAAUGUCCUGCACAUCUUCAUUAAAAAAUAUAUUUGGUAAAA